UGAAGAACUUUAAAGUCAAGCGGCAUCUAUUUCAGGAAGAGUUUGUUUUGACAGUGUUCAUACAACGGCUGGCAACACAUUUGUUAAGGAGUAUCCGUCUGUCGACCCACACAGUCAGAAACAUGGCCUCUGCAUUAUCUGAGGAGCAGUUUUGGUGCAGCAUCUGUCUGGAUAUCUUCAACAACCCUGUCUCCAUCCCAUGUGGGCACAAUUUCUGCCUGGGAUGCAUCAAACGCUUUUGGGAUACAAGACAUAAGUCAGAGUGUCCGGUGUGCAAAGAGGCCUUCAGAAAACGCCCAGAACUCAGGAUCAACGUAGGCUUAAAAGACAUCACUGAGCAAUUUAAAAGGUCUCUGAAGGGCAAGCCAGCAUACAAGCCAGCCCCACCAAAGAGACUUGUCCCAAGACAACAUUCUGUGUCUGAUGUUCCCUGUGACAUCUGCCAAGGAAACAAGUCAACAGCGGUCAAGUCGUGCCUCGUCUGCCGGGAGUCUUACUGUGAAAUUCACCUGACUCCUCAUCUAAGGGAUCAAAUGAUGACGAGGCACGGGCUGACAGAUCCGGCCACCUUCACCACCAGUCACAUCUGCAGAAAUCACAACGAGUUCCUGGAGAUGUUUUGCAAUAGAGACCAGACACCUGUUUGUAUGAAAUGCAAAGAGAGGGAACACAAACACCAUGAGAUUGUCCCCAUGGAGAAGGAGAGCAUAAGGAUCAGGACUCAAAUGAAGAAGACUGAAGCAGAGUUUCAACGGAUGCUGCAGGCCAGAAUCAGAAAGUUUGAGGAGAUCAAGGUUUCAGUGGAGUUGAGCAAAGUAAAUAAAGAAAGAGAGAUACAGUCAAGUGUUCAGGUCGCCACCAUGAUGGUAAGCGUCAUUGAGAGAAACCAGGCUUUGCUCAUCGAGGAGAUCGAGGAGAAGUACAAAACAGCUGAGAGGACAGCGGAGGAGCUUCUCAAAGUGCUCCGGCAGGAAAUCAAUGAACUGCAGAGCAGAUGCAGUGAGCUGCAGUACCUGGAGCACACAGAGGAUCCUCUUCAUCUCAUACAGAGUUUCCCCUCUCUGGGUGCUCCAAUGUCCACCAGAGAUUGGUCUGAGGUCAGAGUCCACUCAGACAACUACAUAGGGAAAGUGAGGAGAGCUUUCUCCAAGUUGGUGGACGUCUGCCAUGAACUUGAAAAGAAACUGUCUGUAGAAGAAGUGAGCAAGAUGAAUCAAUAUGCAGCGGAUGUGACUCUGGAUCCUGUAACUGCUGCAGGCUGGUUGAUUCUGUCCCCAGAUGGAAAAAAGGUGAGUCUCAGCAGCCAGCAGAGGAAAGCCUCUCCCCCUGACGACCCCCGCAGGUUUGACUCCUGCGUCUCCGUUCUGGGGAAACAAAGAUUCACCUCUGGAAAACACUACUGGGUGGUUCAGGUUGGAGAUAAAACAGACUGGGAUCUUGGCGUGGCCAGAGAGUCCAUCAACAGGAAGGGGGCCAUCACUGUUCGUCCUGACAGCGGUUACUGGGCGAUCUGCCGUCGAAAAGGUGGCAGUCUCAGCGCCUGCGCCGGCCCCUCCGUCACCCUCAACCUCCAGGAAACCCCCCAGAAAGUCGGUAUCUUCCUGGACUACGAGGAAGGGUUGGUGUCCUUCUACGACACUGAAGCAAAGACUCACAUUUAUACUUACAGUGGAUGUAACUUCACUGAGCCUCUCUACCCGUACUUAAACCCCUGUCUUCAUGACAACGGGAAGAACACCGCUCCAUUGAUUAUCUGUCCUGUUGAGGUUGGGUUCACCGAAGAGAUUGUAGCAUUUUGAACAGGAGACUCAGGGCACACUUGUUUAGGCGGCAAAGUCUGUGCACAUGUCCUUAUCUGUUUUGACUAAACUUAAACCCUUUUUCUCCUAAUGGACCACAGGUCAUCCGCAACUCCUCUUCAUCGCCCCCAGUCCUGGGCCGCCCUCUUCAGCUCCAUCUUUUGCCUUUGUGUCUAUUGACCUCCUCCAGCUGUUUCUGGGUCCCCCUCGUUUUCUCUUCCCUUGCAGGUUCCAUGUUAGGCCUGACUGGUUAUAUUUGUUUUUGGACUUCCGUAGUAUGUGUCCAAUCCAACCCCACUUCCUUUUCCUCAUCUGGGUGUCUGGGUGUCUGCUUUCUCUUGGUUUGUUUUUUUGCCACAGAUAUUCAUUUCUGAUGGUGUUUGACCAGUGUAUCUUCAAUAUGGUUCUUAGGCACUUGUUGACAAAGGUCUGGACUUUGUUGGUGGAGGAUUUUGUUACUCUCCAUGUUUCUGAACCAUAGAGCAACACUGAUUUAACGUUGGUGUUGAAUAUCCAGAGUUUUGUGUUUUGGCAUAUUUCCUUUGAGUUGGUGGGCCUUAGUGUAACAAAAGCUGUUCUAGCCUUCCCAAUUUGGGCUUGAAUGUCUGCAUUUGUCCCUCCAUCUUUGCCCACAAUACUUCCAAGGUAGGUGAAGGUGUUAUCAUCUUCUAGCUGUGCUCCUUCCAGUCGGAUGGAGUCAUCGCUGGAGUUGUUGAUGCACAUUACCUUGGUCUUGUCUAGGUUGAUGGUAAGGCCUAUUUUGUUGUUGCUAGCAGGUUAGUCUUUGCUUGCAUCUGUGGGUGGAUGACAUUAAGGCUAUCUCAUCUGCAAAGUCCAGAUCAUCUAGCUGGAACCAGAGCAUCCACUGUAUUCCAGACUCUUGUCCCUCUGUCGUUCUUCUCAUGACGACGCCCUCUGACGCCAGUGGCUAUGGUAAAAGGUUCUGUGAGGCAACCGUUGUGCACUACUCUGCAUGACAAGUGUUGGAUCCUCUGUAUGAUAGUUGUUGAUGUUUAUAAGUGUGGAACUGUUGAUACUGUUAUUAUGUUUAUCCAUUUGUAAAAAGUAAUCCUAAUUUUAUCUUCAAUCAUUUUUAUGCAUUAUAAAUAUUUAGCAUUAAGUUUUGAAAAUUGUACACACUAUUCUGCUAUACAUAUUGAAUAUUUAUACUUUUUAACCCAAUGCAUCUGCAGUUUGGAAACAAUUUAUUUGGCUUCUUUUGACAGCUGUGAAGAGUUGUAUACAUAUAUAUAUAUGUGUGUGUGUGUGUGUGUGUGUGUGUGUGUGUGUGUGUGUGUUUUGCAUAUUUGUACAAAAAGUGGGAGUCCUGCUUUUCUAGAACCACCGGAUAUCGCUUGUUUUUUUUACCUUUUUAUAUUGUUUAGUGUACUUAAUUGAUUUAUUUUUGCUUACAUUUGUGAAGAAAAGAGACACAUUACCACAAGAUCAUUUUUUCUGAGGAUGUAAGCUUUCAAUGUACAAAAGACUAUAUGCUUUUGCACUAAAUAAAUAAACUAUAUAAAACAAUA